ACGGUGGGCAAAGUCUCGCUGACCCCACACUCGUGGAACCUGUGGUCUCGUGGGGGGCAGGCGUUUGUCAACCAUGCGAGAGAUGCCAAAUCACAGCUGGAGUGAGUGCCGCGAGCACUCGUCCUGUCCCCCCGCCUUCGGCUGCUGGGAGCACUCACCGUGCCUUUUAUGUCGCCCUUUUUAUAGAUGCCACCCUCCCUCCUUAAUCAGGGUUCAGUACCCCUCAACCUUGGGAAAUGUCUGCUGUAUUGAAGAUGCUUAAGCAGCACCUCUUUGAGCUCACUCCCUCAGUUUCAUUUUCCUCGGUUCUGCUCCAUCACCCAGUAGAUCUCUACAACACGAUUGCAAGCGCCCCGUGCAGUGUCUGGCACAGAGUAGUGUCCAAUCAAGCCCAAGACGAAGAUGAAAGGACUGUUCUUGCAGACAACAAAUGCAAGUGUGCCCGGGUUACUUCUAGGGUCAUCCCUUCUCCCGAUGAUCCUACUCAAGAAAUUGUGGAGAGGAACAUCAGGAUUAUUGUUCCUGUUAACAACAGGGAGAAUAUCUCUGAUCCCACCUCGCCAUUGAGAACCAAAUUUGUGUACCAUUUGUCUGAAAUGUGUAAAAAAUGUGAUACUACACAAGUGGAACUGGAAAACCAAGUGGUUACUGCCACCCAGAGCAAUAUCUGUGAUGAAGACAAUGAAACCUGCUACACCUAUGACAGAAAUAAGUGCUAUACAAAUAAGGUUCCAUUUUCAUAUGGUGGUAAGACCGUAAUGGUGGAAACUGCCUUGACCCCGGAGUCCUGCUAUCCUGACUAAUUAAGUCAUUGUUGACUGCACAGCUUAUCUUGAAAGGCUCUCCAUUUUGAUCCAGAAAGUUAAUAUAUUUAUUACCAAUGAAUUUGAAGCCACAAUAUUUUGAUAAUGUAAAACUCCAUCCUCCAAGUAAUUAAAAUAGUAACAUUGUUAUUUUUAUUAGGUAAUUACUUCUCAAUUCUUAAGUAUUAUAUGUUCACAUUUAAAGUGUUGAAUCUCUUAUUGCCCUUGCCUGAAGGGGUCUAUGUUAAUAAUAUAAUUUCUAACAUUUAAAAAAAUGGACAAUGAGAGAAAACAAAACUUAAGUUUAAAAAUCAGGAUACAGAAUUAAAUUUUGUGGGUGUUUUCAGUAGUUUCUUUUUUUCUUUUCUUUUUUCUUUUUGCUUUGCCUUGGAGAGCCAGAGCUUUUGCACAUUCCAUGCUAUUCUCUUUGACAAAAAGUAAAAUGUGUAGAGAAAAGUGAUAUGCAAACACAAGUCAAUUAUAGAUCUUCAUUAAAAAAGUGAUUAGAAAACAUGUUUUAGAAAUAUUUAAAAAUAAUUAAAAUUGGAUCUGUAAUACUUAUGAAACCAGUGAGCUGAAAGUUACAUAAUUAAAUGCAGAAUUAAAAAAUUUGUUUUGACAUAACACAGAUUUGGUAGCAAAUGAUACAUUUUUUUUGGAUAAAAUUAAAAAAAAAAUCAGGGUCAUGUAAGAAAUUCCCAUUGGAAAUCAUCACUAUUGUAACUGAAUCUAAUGAAAUAUGUAUUCCACAAUAUGUAUUCUCUAGCACAGUUUGAACAAUUAAAUAGAUUUUUAAGCAUAUACCUGUGUGAAAUAAUUUAUUGGAAAAAAGUUUGUGUUAACUUUGUUGUAUGUAAGUUAAAUAUAAUUGAUUACUUAUAAAUAGUUUGUAAGUAUGAUGUGGUUAUGCAUUAAUCACUGAAUUCAUACAUGUACUUAUCUGAGAUAGCUUUGUGAUUUAAAACUAAAAUUGAAUAAAAAGGCAAGGUCCCUCACGACAAA